AUGCCUGAAGAAAGAAAAUCUUCGAUAGAAUUAUCUUCAUUGCCAGAUGAAACUUUAUAUGAAAUUUUUCGAUAUAUCAAAAAAGAUUUACCUACGUUGUAUUCAUGCCUUCGAGUAAACAGAUUAUUUUGUAAGCAUGUUAUUCCAUUUCUUUGGAUGAAUCCCAUGCCAAAUAUUUACACGUCUGUAGAAAUUGGGGUAUAUAUUUAUUUUUUCGAUCAACGGGAGAAGUAUGAAUUAGAACAACAUCAUGGAUUAAAACUUCAAGAAAUUCCUUGCCCAUUAUUUAAUUAUGAGAAGCAUUUAACAGUGCUUAAUUUAAGGGGGAUUAGACACGCGGUCUAUUAUUGGUUAAAGAAUUAUCAUAUUUCUAAAAAUCCUUUCUUUGAUGAAUGCAUCGAUUUUAGCGAGAAUUCUACCAUCGACUUUAUUGAAAGGGCGCUCCUAAAAUUAAUAUUAAAAAAUGCGAAAAAGAUCAAACAUUUAAUCUUGGAUUUAUCUCGUAGAUAUGGAGAUAUACCGGAUGUUGACAUUUUCACUAAUGAGGAAUACCCCGGUAUUAGAAAUAUAUCAAAAUUCUCAUUCAUUAAUGAUUCUGAUAGAAAUUUACCGAACGUUCAAAACCUUUUGGAUGUUUUACCCACGUUAUGUACGAGUAUUGAAAAAUUAAGGUUUCAUGAAUUAAUCUUCUUAAAUGGUGAUUAUGAAUUAAAAUUGGAAAAUUUAAUUAAGAAUCAAAGAGGAUUGAUUUCAUUCGAUUUCACGAGAGGUUAUAUAAAUGGUUCAAAAUUCAUCACGGCACUAAGGAACCAAUCAGCUUCAUUGAAAAGAUUAGUGUUAAGUAGGAAUACUUUUGAUGAAUUCACAUAUCGAUCAUUGGAACGUUUGGUUAAAUUAGAAUAUCUUGAGAUCGAUGCGGCCUACCCUAUCGAAUUUAUUUUAAUCCCUUUGAGCAAGGCUAACUUAAAACUUAAAUAUUUCAAGGGUAGAUUUAUCGAAGAGGAUUACGGUCUAAAGGAGUCGAUUAUCAAAUCAUCAAAGUUUACCUUGAAAGAAUUAUAUUUAUACGUUUAUAUUCCUAUAAUCGUGAAUAGAUCACCACUUCAUGAGAUAUGUCCUAAUUUAACCCAUUUAUCAAUAGAAUUAUACAUUCAUGAUAAUAUCUCGGAACAUCAUACGGUUUUCUUAAACUAUAUUAAUAAGUUAAAAGAACUAACUCAUAUUUCAAUUAAAUUCUCAUGUGCCUCAAAUAAUAAUGUUUUAGAUGAUUUGGUUAAUUUGGAUUUACCUUCUUUAAAAUUUAUUUCUUAUGAAUUUGAUGAUUAUUUUUUGAGAUCGCUUAAAAGUUGGGUUGAUCAUUUCUCUACCCGUUUUAACAAAAUCACCUUUUAUUACUGUGAGAAUCUAGAAUUUGAACAAAUAAUCCUUUUGGGUGAUUAUGCUAAAAAGAGGGAUUAUCUUACCAUAAUCCCUUAUGAAUACGAAGACGGUUUUAAAUUUGUAGCUAUGAAUCAAUUAGAUAGUUAUUGA